UAUUUGUGGUGAGACAAGGAAGAAAGCAAUCGCCAGCGAAUGUGAAUGAGUCAAUAAAACAGGUUGAAGUCGGUUGGAUAGCUGCGCCUAGCGCGCGAGGGAGGGAUCGGACUCCCUCCGUGGGUGAUUGGAAGCCAAACCGGAAAGAAUUACAUAUUCUCCCCGAUGUUAUUCUCGCCAAAAGAAGAAACCCAUGGGGAGUGUGUUUUGAAAGGCCGCGUGCGGUGAAUAUAAAUAUAACAUUUAGCAUUUUUCUGGGCAGUUUGCCUGUUUUUUACCGAACCGAACAUGUGAGUGACGAAUUCUUAGUCCCAUUUGAUUCAGCUGUGUGUUUCGAUUAAAGUAUUCUUUGCAACUUUCUGAUUUGUUGUGGGUGGGGGAAAAGGGGAUCACGUUUAAGUCAAUAUCGAUACGAAGUUUCCCGCUGAUGAUGUCAUUCCAGUUGGAAUCCAGCGAGACAACAUCAAACAUAACGACAAUGUAAAUACAUAUACCGUUUCUGGGCAUUCGGGAAGUGGAUGAACCUAAUAUGAGUUGCUCCGAAGAGACAGUGGAAGUGAUCAUUCCACUGGUCAAGACUAUCACCAGUUUGUCGUUUCGUAAUCUCAGCUACACCGUGGGGCAAAAAGGCGCCAAGAAGGAGUUGUUGAAGAACAUUUCCGGGACGUUUCGGUCUGGCCGACUGACAGCUGUGAUUGGGCCCUCGGGAUCAGGGAAAUCCUCCCUUCUAAAUGCACUCAGUGGUUUCAAAACGCGAGGCGUGAAAGGUCGCAUCCUAAUCAAUAACGAAAUUGUCGAUCGUCUGAAAUACCGGCAAAUCGUCGCCUACACAACCCAGGAUGUUGCCAUACUGCAGGAACUCACAGUUCAGGAAACGCUUCACUUCGCUGCCGAUUUGAAGCUUUCUUCUAGCGUAACACGAAUACACAAAACAAAAAUAGUCAACGAUAUCGUGGCGCUGCUGCGGUUAGAGAAAUGUGCCCACAGCCGAGUAGCGGUCCUCUCCGGGGGCGAGAAGAAACGACUCUCGAUCGGACUGGAACUGGUGUCCAAUCCGAAGAUUAUGUUUUUCGACGAACCAACGAGUGGGUUGGACAGUGAAUCGUCCUACCAGGUGGUCUCGUAUAUGAAGGAUCUUGUCAAGCAGGGCCGAUGUGUGGUUAGCGUGAUUCAUCAGCCCAGCUCGGAGCUGCUGGAGCUGUUCGAUGAUAUUUACGUGAUCGCCGAUGGGCGUUGUAUGUAUCAGGGCUCGCUGGGCGACUUGGUACCGACUCUGGAGGAAGCUGGUUUUGUGUGUCCGCAGUAUUACAAUAGAGCCGAUUUUGCAAUGAAGAUCGCCUCUUCAGUCGAUACGGAUUCCGAGAAAAUAAUGCAACUGAUGGACCGCACCGAGUUGAUCACCAAUGGACAAUCAAAUGGAUUUUACAACGAUCAACAGCAGCUCGAUCACGACAAACCGCUCGAAGAGAGCCGAAGUGGUUCGAGUCCACAGUAUCCUAUCUCACAGUUCCGGCAGUUUCUCAUACUCACUCGGCGGACGGCGUUAGGGACGCUCAGGAAUCUCGCCCUAACCAGAAUACGACUUCUAGGUCACAUCCUCUUCGGUCUGUUGCUGGGAGCGGUAUUUUACGAUGUUGGAGACGAUGCUGCCAAGGUGCUAUCGAACGUUAGUGCUCUGCUUAUGAUUCUCAUGUUCAUCGUGUUUUCGAACUCGAUGACAGUGGUGCUAACAUUCCCCCUGGAGAUUGCGGUUUUCAUGAGAGAACACAAAAGCAACUACUAUUCCGUGGCGGCUUACUUCUUCUCGAAAGUUGCCGCCGACUUCCCGCUGAUGCUUACCAGUGUCACAUGUUUCCAGCUCAUAGUGUACUACCUCACCGGGCAGCCAAAUGAAACGUGGCGAAUAAUACCGUUUUGGGUCAUAUGUGCCCUAAUGGGUUGGACGGCGCAAAUGUACGGAAUGGUCAUUGGAAGUAUAUUCCCAGUGACGGUUAGCCCAUUUGUGGUGCCAAGUUCGACGAUACCGAUGAUACUGUUUUCGGGAUGCUUCAUCCGGUACAGCGAACUGUUGGAUGUGUUCAAACCGCUAACGUUCGUUUCCCACUUUCGGUAUGGCUUCGAGGGACUUUCGCUGGCUACCUACGGGUUCAAUCGAACGGAGCUUGGGUGCGAUGAUUUGUUUUGUUACUAUCGGAAGAGCCGGAAGGUGCUACAAAUGUUGGAAAUCGAGCGUAGUGAUUACUGGAUCGAUGUCGCCGCGCUUGGUGUUUGGAUCGUGGUGCUUCAUGUUUUGCUAUAUGCUUCCUUGCGGUUGAGAUUGAUGCGAAAUCAGUGAUGAGUUUACUUAGAAUAAUUAUAAUUCGGAUAUUACGAAUCGUUCCGAUACGGUUAGCAAUUAGUUUUAAUAUGUACAUAAACGAUAGGAACUGUUGAUAUUAAUGUUACCUCAAUUAGAUUUAGAAGAUCAUCGUACCCAAACCAUUUGUGCCUUAUUGUAUUGUGUUUAGUCUUGAAAUCUGCAGUAUUUUACUGAAUCAUGAGAAGAUAUUUUCAACUAAUACACUUUAGUAUCUAAACUAACUUUCUAGUUUAGUUCUGUGGUGUCUUAUCACAAAAUUUCCGAGGUUAAACACGACGAAGAAAACAGUAUU